AUGGCCCACUGCUACGUUCCCUCAAAGCAUCUUUCCGCUAAUCAUCUUCCGCGCGAAUUAGGGGGCCUCCAGACCUUCUGCAACGUCAACUGUGCAGGCGGCGCGUCCGUUAAACAGCAAGGCACCAAUUGCUACUUGCCGAUCUCGGGAUGCGCCAUUGGAAGCUUCCGUGUCAUCAACUGA